AUGGGGUCACUUCUUAUCAAGCCGGUUCAGAGAGUAAUGAAGUACCCUUUGCUACUUGGAGAGUUGUGGCAGGCCACACCCAAUGACCAUCCAGAUAAUCGGCCACUCCUGGAAGCUCUCACCGCCACUAAGAUCAUCAAUGUUAACAUCAACGAGUUCAAGAGGCGGAAGGACAUAGUCAUGAAGUAUAAGCGGACAGAGGAUGAGGGGAACCUGAGAGGAAAACUGAACAAGUUCAACAUCCAUUCUAUUCGGAAGAAGGGCGACAGACUCACUGGCUAUCUCAAGAUACUGACUGGAGUUGAACCACAGGUGAGGGAUGAGGCAUUUGACAAAGCGGAGAAGCUCUUCAGAAGUCUGGAGAAAGCAGUGAGACAGCUGGUCAAGAAUGUUUCCUGUUACCUGCAGCACACCCAGGAGAUGGUGUCUGUAGCCAUCCAGAACGUCCAGGACCUGGAGAACAUUAUUAAGGAUCCAAACAAAAUUGACACAAAUGGUUCACUGCACAAUAAGAACAACGACCCAUAUAAGCACUUUGUAAGUGUGAUGCUUGGUUGUAAUAAGCAGUAA